AUGGACGCUCAGAGAGGGUGGGAAAUCGAGAACGCGAUCAAGCUCGUCGACCCUGCCCGUGAUGCACUAUACAGAUACGACACAGACAAGGUGAAGAAGAUCAACGAAGCCAAGCCAUGGAGGACCGACCCAAACCACUACAAACAUGUUCGUAUCUCUGCUGUUGCACUGGUCAAGAUGGUGAUGCAUGCGAGAUCAGGAGGCGAUAUCGAAGUAAUGGGCUUAAUGAUCGGAUACGUCGAUCACGAGACCUUCAUCGUAACAGAUGCACUGCGGUUACCAGUAGAGGGAACGGAAACGAGGGUCAACGCGUCGAGCGAGGCUGACGAGUACAUGGUCAACUUUCUGGAGCGGUCGAGACAGGCAGGACAGAUGGAGAAUGCGGUUGGGUGGUAUCACAGUCAUCCAGGCUACGGCUGCUGGCUUUCUGGCAUCGAUGUUGGCACGCAGGAGCUUUACCAAACUAUCAACGAGCCUUUCCUCGCUGUGGUUAUCGACCCACAUCGCACCAUCUCUGCUGGCAAAGUCGAGAUCGGAGCUUUCCGAACCUAUCCGAAGGACUAUAGUGGCGGUGGUGGCGAGUCGACCACGGACGGUGGUGCAGCAGUGCCUAUGGCCAAGGCUGCAGACUUUGGCGCGCAUGCAAACCGUUACUACUCACUAGAAGUCUCACACUACAAGUCUACACUCGACAGUAAAAUCCUUGAGGCGCUCUGGAACAAGUACUGGGUGCAGACUCUCUCAUCCUCGCCACUUUUCACGAACCGUGAUUACGUCACGAACCAGAUCGCGGACAUUGCAGCCAAAACAGCCCAGGUGCUGGACAACAUGAAAAAGAACUCGUCGCUUCCACCUAUGGGGCCGAGACCGAAAGGCAACAACGAUCAGCUCGCCAAGGUUGUGAAGGCUGCGGAGAAGAUUGCCAGUGAGGAGAAAAUGGGUCUCAUGGCAGCGAUGGUCAAAGGAAAGGUCUUUGCCCCACAAGCUCAAGCUACCGACGAUGCUGCUCGCAAUAUUGCAAACAACGGUGGUGAUACGCAAAUGGCGGAUGCGAAGGCUGCUUGA